GCGGACCGCUACGCCUUCCCGCGUCUACGAAUUAACGCGAUCGUAUGAAAUUAUACACAUAAAAGACCCGUGUAAAUAUUAAUUCGAGUGUGUAAAAUUAAUUCUUAAUCCUAAAGUUUUAAUUAGUGUGUGUAAAAACUUUUGUGUGGCUUCGUGAAAAGUUGCUCGAUCAAGAUACCUGUACAGAAACAAAGUGAAGUGACAAGUGCAAAUUCUUAAUUCAAAUGACUUGAAGAUCUUAUAAAACAUGACGUGUCCUUUUCGGCGCGCGUCGUCGCAACAGCAGUUUGGUAAUGGCAGCGCUCCACCAAAACCUGAGUUCAGGACUAGGCAGUCCUCGGUACACUUGCCUGGACCUGAAGAGGAUGACGUGGAGCGGAAUACUCUGACGUUGAAGAACUUGAGUGAAGCGCUCCAGCUACUUACGGCGCCUUCGAACGAGUGCCUGCAUGCAGCUGUGACGUCACUAACCAAAAACCAAGCCGAACACUACGACAAAUAUAACUGUCUGAGGAGAUUACCAGAUGAUGUUAGGACGUGUAGAAAUUAUGCCUAUUUACAAGAAAUUUACGAUGCGGUGCGAGCGACUGAUAGUUUAAGCACUGAAGCCUUUAUGUCAAAGUUAGGGGAGUAUUUAAUAUUAACGGCUUUUUCACAUAAUUGUCGGUUAGAGAGGGCGUUUAAAUGUUUAGGAACCAAUUUGACUGAAUUUUUGACCACACUCGACAGUGUUCACGACGUUCUACAUGACCAAGAUGACGUGCAAAAAGAUGAAACGACGGAGUAUGAAGCUGCUUUCGUUUGUACCACGUCUCAAGAUGACAAGAUCCAACUACAUCUUACAACAGAGAGUGAACCUGUGGCAUAUCUUCUAGUUGGAAGCCUUAAAGCCAUCGCCAGCAGUCUAUAUGACACCCUAGCUGAUAUCAAACUGAUCAGCUAUACAAACGACCCAAGGAGAUUUAGGUACGAAAUAAACGCAGUACCCCGUCGUCAAAGGUCUGACGACAACUGCGAGUCCCUUGGAGAGUCAUCGACGUCGGGUCUCGUCGCGACGUCGAGCAAAGUGACAGACCUCAGGAUCGGAGUCGCAAGCUUUUGUAAGGCGUUCCCUUGGCACUUCAUCACUGAUAGACGGCUCGAGCUUGUCCAACUUGGUGGAGGCUUCAUGCGUCUGUUCGGAACGCACCUGGCGUCUCACGGGUCGUCCUUAAACACCUACUUCAGGCUGCUGCGUCCUAGAGGGGUGCCCCUGGACUUCCGUGAGAUCCUGAAGAGAGUCAACACACCAUUCAUGUUCUGCCUCAAGAUUCCUGGAUCCGCUUCCCUGGCUGAGGGCUUGGAAAUCAAAGGGCAGAUGGUUUACUGUCCCGAAUCGGAGUCACUCCUCUUCGUUGGAUCUCCUUUCUUGGAUGGUCUUGAGAAGCUGACAGGAAGGGGCCUCUUCAUAUCUGACAUUCCUCUGCAUGAUGCUACCAGAGAUGUAAUCUUAGUAGGGGAGCAAGCCAGAGCACAGGACGGACUUCGGAGAAGAAUGGACAAGCUGAAGAACUCGAUAGAGGAAGCGAGCAAAGCAGUUGACAAAGAGAGAGAGAAGAAUGUCAGCCUGCUCCAUCUAAUAUUCCCGCCGCAUAUCGCCAAGAGGUUGUGGUUAGGUGAGAAGAUAGAAGCGAAGAGUCACGAUGACGUCACGAUGUUGUUCAGCGAUAUAGUCGGUUUCACGUCCAUCUGCGCUACAGCCACUCCUAUGAUGGUCAUCGCCAUGUUGGAGGAUCUGUACAGUGUAUUCGAUAUAUUCUGUGAAGAGCUCGAUGUUUAUAAGGUGGAAACAAUAGGAGAUGCCUACUGCGUCGCAAGCGGCCUUCACAAGAAGAUCGACACGCAUGCGCCACAGAUAGCUUGGAUGGCACUACGCAUGGUCGAAACCUGCGCGCAGCACCUUACUCACGAAGGGAAUCCCAUUAAGAUGCGCAUUGGCCUCCAUACGGGCACUGUCUUGGCUGGAGUGGUCGGGAAGACGAUGCUGAAGUACUGUCUCUUUGGCCACAAUGUCACCUUGGCCAAUAAGUUUGAAUCCGGAUCCGAACCUUUGAAGAUCAACGUGAGCCCCACUACUUAUGAGUGGCUAAUAAAAUUCCCUGGCUUCGAGAUGGAGGCGCGCGACCGUUCCUGUCUACCGAAUUCCUUCCCAAAGGACAUCCCUGGGACAUGUUAUUUCCUCCACAAGUACACACACUCUGGCACGGAUCCAAACGAGACGCAGGUAAAACACAUAGAGGACGCGCUUAAAGACUAUGGGAUUGGACAAGGAAAAACCAAUGAGGUGGAAAGUGAAGAGCCUACUUAGUCUUAAAGUCAAAUAUUCGUCUCGAAACAAAAUGAAAAUACAUUUUGUAAACAAUGUAAAUAUUAUCUUAAACGUUUCGUUGAUUUGAAUAGUUUCGUCAUCCAAAUGUUUCUAGGCAAAAACAUUCUUGCAAAGUUAACGUAUAAUAAAUACUGUUUUCAAGCGUUUUCUUUGACAACUGUUUAGAUGAUAGGUAAGUAAAUGUUUUGCUUGUUAUCAUUGUUGUCUCUCUAAUCUCUUGAAUAGGCCUAAACUUUGUACAGUCGUCAACGUAGGUAUUGUUAUUCACAUUAAUCAUAAUACUUUAUAAAUAGCUGGUGUACUACUGUGGUUGGCUGUAAACCCAGGUUAGAUUAGUAAAUGUUCCAUGUAUAAUGGUGCCUGCACACAUAUUCGGCUCGGUUUUGAUCGGCAUUUUCGGCCAUUAAGCAUCACCUAUUCAACGUACGCUUUAUCUCCGCUAUGUCUCUAUUUUGUGAUUGCGUAUUCAUGUCGAGUAAUUUCGCGCGACAAAGGAGCAAAAUCCAAAGAGUAAAAGCCUGGUGACUAGUGGUUUCGACACAUUCAACUCACUGUAAUCCUUAACAAGGUGGGAAGUGUAAUGGGAACAAAAGACAAUUUAAAGCCGUAUUCGCUAUUGAAAUACGUACAAAGUACAUAGGGACUAAGAUGGAUAUGAAUUGUAGCGAUUGUUCGACAAGUUAAUCGAAUUUUACGCUAUAGUCAAUAUGAUAGCCGCUGAACGUAUUCUGUUUUUUUUUGUUUAGUGCCAGUUCAGUGGUUUGGAUUCUCAACACAUGUAGCCGUUAACAACUAAGCCGAACGGAAUAAGUGUGAAGCUGCCCUAAUAGCAUCUCGACUAUUUUAUGUUUACAUAAACGUACCAAUGUAAAUCAAACCUUCUUAUUGUAGUGAUGUAUAGUGAUCUAUGUGAAGCUUUACAAAAAUCGAUUUAAGACAAUGUAUAUAAAGUUGAAUCUGGGAUAAUUACGACUUAUAUAGUUAUAUAACGCGAUAUGCUGUAGGUAAUUUUAAACUUAGGCAAAGGUAAUUUUGAAACUUACAACUUUGAAAAUAACUAUAGACACUUUAAAGUAAAAGAAAAGUAAUUCGAAUCACCUUUUACAGUAAGUUUUAAAAGUAUUAUUGCAUUUCUAUUACAAUAGACGUAUAAAUUAGCGUAAUUUUAAUAUUAAUGUAUUUAUUUUGUCAUAGAUAUUCUUAGUAAUUUUGUCAGUGUUUCUCACCAGACUAAACGACAUAAACAUAUACCUAUAGAUGAAACCGAAAAGAGUUCUAUUUAAAUUUUUGAAUUUAAACAUCGAACAAUCAUCUUGGAUGACAAGUCCAAAAUAAUUAUUCACAAUUUUUUCUACUCCUCUACUUUAAUCUGGCAUUUAAAUAACCAAAAAGUCUAAUAUAAGUACAUACAUAAUUAAACUCUUUGAAAAAGUGUACGCUCUAUGGCCUAUAAAAGCAUUGUUUACAAAGUGUAACUGUACUAUAAUGUCGCCAAAAAAGCAUUGUUGUUGUUGUUUUUUUUUUUUGACCUGGAAACUGGCACCUUUACUUUGUUUGGUGCCAUAGAUAUACUAUAAAAAAAAAAGUAUACAUUUGCCGCCAUUUUCCCGCGCGUUGGAAAAUAAAUUGGAAAAUUUUUGUGUUUCGUUUAAAAUUACGUCGUCGUAGAAAAAGUAUUGUAUGCAACGUUGUAUAACUAGGUCAAAAAAUGCUCGUGGCGUCUCUUAUUGCGAUGUUCGCCAAGGCUCACAUCGCAACUCACGCCACUCGCAUUUUUUGACCCUUCUUAUACAACUGUUGCAUAAAAUAC